AUGCAGACUACUACUCACGUAAUUGCCCUGAUGACAGCGCUCGUCGCUGGUGUCAGCGCCACCAAUAUUCACGCCAAUAGCGGCUGCAUCGUCAUCAACUCGACACCUCUAUGCGCAGGUGGCGGGACCGUUAGCGUUACCAGCGGAAGCGCCACCAUCUACGGCCGCUUCGACGGCAAUGGCCAGCCGCCAAAGACCUGGUCGGGCUGCAUCCUCAAUGCUGAAUGGCCUGCGGACUACGGCGAUAUCUAUUACGGGGCUGACAACUGCCUGUAUGAUGGCACCGCACAGAACAUCGGAGGACAGUGCUGCACGACCGGCCAAGAAUAUGUUGUGAACCCUUACCACUAG